AUGAUGAUUCCAGCGACAGAACCGGUCCCGGGUGACCUGAAAGGAGAACAAGCUGGCAGCGACCUAAACACUGCCAACAAAGAAGUCAAGUCAUGCAGUGUACCUGUGGGUCGCAACCGACAGAGGAUACAGAUUGCCGCAACUUCAAGAUCCUCCACGGGCAGUCAGUCUAUAAGAUUAACACCUCGUGUAACCCGCUCGCGCUCAUCUUCAUCAACAUUCCAAAUCAGGACCUCGACCGCGUCACCGAAACCGUCACUAGGCCAAAUUCCGAGAAGAACAAACUAUUCACCCUCCGCAUCUGAGUCCCUCCUCCAUGACACGAUCCCACCAAAUUUAAUCCUUCUUCUUGUGGGUGUCAACCCAGGAAUCAUGACUGGAACGACAGGGUACGCCUAUGCGCACCCAUCCAACCUUUUCUGGAAGCUCCUGCACUCGUCGGGAAUCACGAAUAUUAGACAUCCGCCCUCAGACACCUACAAACUACCAGAGUUGUACAGUGUGGGCAAUACGAACCUCGUGGAACGGCCCACCCGCGACGCGAGCAUGCUCAGUCGAGCUGAGAUGGACGCUGGUGUGCUAGUGCUAGAAGCCAAGGUGAAGGCACAACGACCCGAGGUCGUGUGCCUAGUUGGCAAGAGUAUCUGGGAAGCCGUGUGGAGGGUACGGCAUGGGCGCGCGAUCAGCAAGCAAGAGUUCCAGUAUGGGUGGCAGGACCAGUCGGAGAAUAUGGGCCGUAUGCCUGGUUCGGAUUGGUGCGGGGCUCGGGUUUUCGUUGCAACAACGACGAGUGGACUGGCCGCUGGGAUGACUAGGGCUCAGAAGGAAGCUGUGUGGGCUGAACUCGGGGCAUGGGUGGUCCAAAGAAGGGCUGAGAAGACACUAGCUGACUGUUCUUGA